AGAAAAACGACGAAGGAAAACAAGAGUGAAAAUAUUGAAUGAAAAUUCGGCCUACAAAAUCGACUCUAAAAUAAUGGAAAAAUGUGAUUACCAGUGACUAAAGACUAUCAUUAACAGUGUAUACAGCCACAACUAAGACUGAAUUUGUACAAACUGCAACGAUAAAUUUUAACACAGAAUCCAUAUCAAAUACACCACAGAGUAAAAUCAAAUUUAAAGUGGCCCCCUUCAAGUUUAAAUUCAGCAGGAUGUCGAAAUCGAAUGCUUCGACUAGAAGCAAUUCGGUGGAGACUACCACUGCUGAAUGUGACAACGAAUUGGAGAGCCCCCGUAGCAACGUUUGUCCAAUUUUGGAGAACGCCGAUGGACAAGAGGUCAUUCCAGCUAGCCCUCCCCCAUCGUAUGAACGUGUUCUAGAAGAGACUCGUUUAAAAGCGCAAAGUGAGCUUUCUUCGCCAACUAACCCCACCAAAGGACCAGAAAUAAUGCACAAAUCAAGUAAAGAAUUGUACAGAGCUGUAGCUAAACAGUUUGGAAUUACAUGCAAGAUGUCUGACCAAUGUAGAUGCUUCGAUUGCCAAAGCCAUUACUUUGACUGUGAAUAUGAACAAAAUGAGCAAGAGAAAACGGAUGGAGGUCUGGGAGCAGGUACUCCCAUGUUCAUCUCCGAAGUAAUGCAUGGUACGGCGUGCACCAUAUUGUAAACUCCAAAGUAUUUAACAAAAAAGUGAAAUCAAAUUGAUUCGGAAAUAGUUCUGUUUUUAAAAUAGAUAUAAUUAUUAUGAAAUUACAAGAGCAGUGGU